AUGGGGCCCCCGGGCAAUAGAGGAUCAUGGGGCUCCUGUGUCCUUGUCCAAACUCAAAAAAAGCCUAUGAAAAAGGUACCAGAGGCAUCUCAUGGGGCCCCCUUCUGACCCCGGGCCCUCAGUUGUAGUAAAUCAACACCUAAGAGUAUUGGCAACAGCUGUAACAACUGCCCAGGGAAGGACUGACAACUCAUGGGGCCCCCGGGCAAUAGGGGAUCAUGGAGCCCCUGUGUCCUUGCCCAAACUCAAAAAAAAAACCUAUGAAAAAGGUACCAGGGGCAUCUCAUGGGGCCCCCUACUGACCCCGGGCCCUUGGGCAUUGCCCAAGUUUCCAAAUGGUCAGUCUGCCCCU